UUGUUUUGAUUUGCAAAUGUUCUACGAACGAAAAAAGUGCCCCUUGGCAAAUGAAUUUAUUUCCACGAACAAUUACUAGAAGCAGUUUGUUUUAGCGAAUUAAUUAUAUGUGUUAUUGUCCACACUGUACUAGUAGUGCACUAGUAGUGCACUGCAAAGGGAUUCAAUUAUUCUUGGGAACUUAGCGUUAUCGGGACCGUAUCGCAGUGAAAGGGUGAUAGUGGGAUUGAAGUAAGAAAAAUCGAUACACCUAUCAGGUAUCGGUGAGCUUCCUGGUUCACACUCCUCCGCUGGACUCACAACACUGAUCGGCGUUUGUCAAUUUACGCAGAUCUUCCCGCAGUGAUGGCCACGUUGAAUCCCCCUGCCUAUCACUGCAUCGUGUGCACGUUGACCAAAAUCCCAUUCGCUUCGCUGAGCAAAGAAAGCCAACAGAAAAUUGUACGCAAUGGGCGGCCCACAACACAGAUGCCAAAUCUGACCUCUCGCUGUUUGAACUCGCUAAACCUGCACGCCACCGACUGGAUGACGGGAUGUGAUCGGGAGCGUAAGCUGUACUGUUGGCCCUGCCUGCUGUUCAACACCUCCGAGUAUGAUGUGUGGGGCAAGCGGGGAUUUUCCGACUUUGGUCGGCUAGCGACGGCACGGGCAGAACACACGAAAAACUCGUCACAUCACGCCAAAAGUAAAACGCUCAAACUGUGGAUCGAAACGGCUAGCGAGCUGAGCGAAAGUAGUGGCGAGGAGGAUGUCGAGUGUAUACCGGAGCUAGAUUUCCUGAACAUGUCCGCCUCGGAGUUGGAUGAGGAGAUUGACGUGAAGCCGAAUGUGGAAGCGUUGAACGCGAGUAUCGCGUUUUCGCAAGGCUUUGGUGUCGCACCGGUGGUGAACCUGUGUGAAGUUGCGAAAGAUGACGAGGUGACGGCUUACGAACCGUUGCCCAUCGUGGUGGACUGUGAGGCUGACAGCGGGAACGCUGAACCCGACGGACAGGCGGACAGUGGCCAGACAAGCAACGUUUCAUCGGGUACCGUGGAACGAAGGGGUAGCAUUUCGUGUGCGGACGAUUAUGCACGAAUUUACAAAAAGGGACAGGCCGACACUGCUGGCGAUACCAUAAUGUCCCACACAGUACAAAGCGGUGCGGAAAAGUAUCAACUUAAAUGGCACUCACAUUAUCAAAAUAUGAAUGUGUCCCUAUCUAAUCUCUACAAAAAUGAUCGUUACGCGGAUGUUAUGCUUCUCACAUGCAAUGGAGAUGAUAACUACACGAUACCUGCUCAUAAACUAAUACUCGGAACUUCCAGCUUGUACUUUGCAAACAUUUUCGACAAAAAUCCCGUUCCACUAAACGCAGUCACCUACAUCGUGCUUCCACCCGAUCUCACCUAUCGCUCGAUGCAGAUUCUCAUACAGUACAUGUACACCGGCGAAUCGACCGUCUCGACGGACAUUCUGAGCGAAGUGCUUCGCGGAGGAGAAAUACUGAAAAUUCGUGGCCUCUGGAGAAACGAUGGCACGAAACCGCCCGGCAACGAUGUGCAGCACAAUGCUGGUGGUAGCAGUAGUAAUAGUAAGGAUCAGCAUGCACCGAUCGACGGCUGUUCCGGACGGUUCGUUAGUCCCGUCACCGUUACGUUACCUCAAAGUACUCAACCCUCUUGCAUACCGCAUCACGUACUUCCUCCCUCUUCCACUGGUCCACUCAUACACGUUAAGCGCGACAUGGCCAUAGAUCCGGCCGAAGCGCGUCACAAUAUUAGUGUUGGCGAUGGGACACGAGCACGCUCCUUUUAUUCGCUAAAAAGCCCAGAAACUGCUAAACAACCCAAUCAUAGUACGGCGCACGAGCUGAGCGAGCAUCGCAAGAAAGACCGAGAGCAAAAGCAACAAACAGAAUCAUCGUCCUCGCCAGGGCGAGUUGCACAGUCAAGCGCGAGUAGUGCGACCAGUAACUGUGUAGCAAAUGCAACUGCAACAGAACAACCAGUCAUGCCCCGGGAACUGAACUUCCUCGACGUAAAAGCUGAACCAGUGGAGUGGAGUGAUCUUCGAGCAGGAGAACUAGCAAUGCCUGGGAACGGAGAAACCCUGGAUGCUCCACGAAAUCAAGAGCAAAAGAAGGGUGACGAAGCCACGAUCGCUCCGAAAAAGAUCAAGACCGAAGACUGUCAAACGACCCCGACGACGGACAAUUCUCACUCUUCCUCUUCCUCCACGGCACAGCAACCGACGUACUCUCCCUUAACCUGUGAGCUUUGCAGCGAAACGUUUACCAUUCCGGGUGACUGGGUACGACAUAUCGAAGGGCAUAGCGAUACCUCACAAACGCUCCCGAAACGAAGGCGUCGUGCGGAGGAGUCCGAAACGGCAGAUGAAACGGCUGCCUUGCGGUGCGAUUUGUGUGCCACGUUCUACGUAACUCCUGCCGACUGGGUGCGGCAUGUACAGAAUGCACAUACCGAAUCGGAGCUGGCGGCAUGCAAUAAGCGUGCGAACCGGCGGACGAGCCGGAGCCGGUUAACGUCCACCACCCAGCAAUCCGCUGGCAAUGCACCGACGGCACCCGCUGCAUCUCCCGUAUCAGCGACAGCGGACGGUGCGCAGUCGGAAAAGCAUUGUAAUGUUUGCAAUAAAUCCUUUCCUUCCUAUGCCAGCAUGGCCAUCCACAGACGAACCCAUACCGGCGAAAAACCAUUCUACUGUGAAAUAUGUAACAAGGGCUUCACCGUGAAAUCGAACCUCAUACGACACAUGCGAUCGCUGCACAAUCAGCCCGGAUUGCCACACUCCGACCAGGACAGUGAAAAUUCCUCCGAGUAAAUAUCGGUUAACAUGUAUGUUUUGUAAAGUGAUCGCAUAGGUAAACUAUUCGUAAGCAGUCGAUUGCACGACCUAAGUAUUAUUCGGUAUUGAAUAAUUAUGCGGCAAAAACGAGGAGAUUAUGAUUAGGUGUAUGGUACUGUGGUAACAUGUUGUGGAGAAUAUUGUUUCAAAUAUUCUUCCGAAUCUCGUAGGGAAUCUUGUUUAUGUUCGUUCGGAAUGAUUUAUGUUUCAGACUGCGCUCGUAAUCGCACAUGUAAAAUAAAUCUUUUAACUCUUCUCCGCUGAGAAGGAACGGUAGUAGGCUACUCUAACGAUUAUAAAGCAUAUAAAACAUAGAUUUGUAAA